AUGAGUAAACAUCCUGUAUAGAAUUAUUAAAUUUUAAAGGUUAUUGGCUAGGUAUUUAAAACUCUUAAAUAUUUUCUUAGGGUGCGUUUGCAAUGGUUUAUCAAUUUCAGCAUAUCAAAACAAAGGAAAUAGUUGCCAUCAAACAAAUUAGUACUGAAAUGUAGGUAGGUCCACAUUAUGAUAAAUUGUUAGAGUAUUUUAAUCAAGAAAUUUAAAUUAUGAAGACUAUUAAACAUUGA